CUUGAGAACGAGAAGGAAAUUAUCAGAGUCAAAAUCAUAAGAUUUCGGCCACAGAACCAAAGCUUCAAAAUGUACUCCAUAAAAAGUGAAUUGUGGAUUGCAAGGAACCCUUUUUGGCCGGCGACAUGAGCUCAUUUUGACUGCCUAUGUUUGAGCAUGACGCACCAGCUAAAUUAGCAUGCUAACCCCAAUUUCACAAGGAGCGCAUGUCACUGGGACGUCUGAAGCACGUGGACGGCCUUUUUGGCAAAAGUGUAGACGACUCCGUUCAUUAUCACUGUUCUCAAUCAAAUGCAACAUGGCUGAGCCGGAUGAGCCUUCCAAUGAUUUCGUCGAGUUUGUGAUUGUAAAGAGAAGUUCUUCCUCUUCUUCUCCAGAAGCGAUACUGUUGUAUGAAUCAACAAACCGAACAUUUACGGCCCAAGCUGGAUUCUUGGUUAGCGACUUAAGAGAGCACAAUGGACGACAUCUUUCAAUCAUAACUACCGCUGGAAACACUGUAGGAAUCAAACGAGGAAAGCGAGGAGACGUUCAUAGAAGAUACACGAUUGAAAACUAUGGCUUCCAACUCGCUGUCACUAGAACGUAUUUGCCGAAUUCCUCGACCUAGGAAACUUUCUUGAGGCCGAUCAAGUGAAGAGAAUGCUCCUGUUAAGCAUGUUUAGCCCAAGUAAUUUGUUAAAAGAAUGGCUACGAAAUAAAUUCCAUGAAUUGACUGA